CCAAAAACCAAGCAUCUCCCACCUCUCAUCUUUAUCUCUCUUUAAUGCAUUCCCUUGAGAGUUUCAUGGUGUUUUGGUGAAGCUCGGCAAGGGAUGUUCGCAGUUUGCCGCUAAAUAAUAUAUUUCUUGAUUCAAGAGUAGAAGAAGAUGAUUAGGUGUUUGUUAUUGGUUUCCUUGUUGGUUCACUCGACCUUGGCACAGCAACAUUUGAAGGGGGCCUCACCAUGGCAGACUCUGAAUGGGAAUCAGCCCCUUGUGAUAGCACGUGGCGGGUUCUCAGGGCUGUUUCCGGAAUCCAGCCAAGUGGCAAAUGAUAUGUCCAACAGCCUCAGUUUGAGCGGCUCAGUUUUGUACUGUGAUCUGCAACUAUCAAAAGAUGGUGUGGGUUUUUGCCAGUCAGCUAUAAAGUUGGAAAAUGCAACAAAUAUAGCUGAAAUCUACCCAAAGGGAUCCAGAAACUACAAUGUAAAUGGGCAGGAUAUGCAUGGGUGGUUCGGUUUGGACUUCACAUUCGAUCAGCUCUUCAACAAUGUCACAUUGUAUCAAUCUGUAUUCUCUCGAUCAAGCUUGUUCGAUGAUUCAUUGCCACUAACAAGUGUGGAAGAUGCAACUGGAGUUCGUCCCUCUAAAUUUUGGCUCAAUGUUCAGUAUGACAUGUUUUAUACCCAACACAAACUCAGCCCAGCAUCAUACCUGCAAAAUGCUCAGAAAUUUAUGCCUUUGGAUUUCCUGUCAUCUCCUGAGAUUGGCUUCUUAAAGAACAUGAAUGGUAAAGUGAAAAAAGCUAAAACAAAGCUCAUCUUCAAGUACCUCCAAGCCGAUGAUGUCGAACCUACAACCAACCAGACAUAUGGUUUGCUGCUGAAGAAUCUUACUUCAAUUAAGUCAUUUGCGUCUGGGAUUCUUGUCCCAAAAGAAUUCAUAUGGCCUGUUAAUAAGAACCUAUAUUUGGAGGCUCCCACUAGUCUGGUAACUGAUGCUCACAAGCAAGGACUUGAAGUCUAUGCUUAUGGAUUUGCAAAUGACCUUCCUGCAAGUUAUAACUACAGUUAUGAUCCAACGGCUGAGUACUUGCAAUUUAUCGAUAAUUCCCAAUUUUCUGUUGAUGGGGUGGUCACAGAUUUUCCUCCCACAGCAUCAGAAGCAAUUGGAUGCCUAGCCCAUAACAAGAAUGCUAGCAGGCUGCAAAAGUGGGCAGGGAAAGUGUUGGUCAUAUCUCACAAUGGAGCAAGUGGGGUUUAUGCGGGCAGCACCGAUCUUGCUUAUCAGCAAGCAGUAGAUGAUGGAGCAGACAUAAUAGAUUGCUCAGUCCAAAUGUCACAAGAUGGAGUUGCCUUCUGCUUGAGUUCGCCCGAUCUAUUAAAGGAUACAACUGCAGUAGCCUCAUUCAUGGCUCAAUCUUCUGUGAUCCCUGAAAUCCAACAGAACAGUGGAAUAUUUUCAUUCAAUCUCAAAUGGAGCGAGAUUCAGACUCUGAAGCCUCAACUAACAAGUCCUAUCCCAGAGAGCAAUAUGCCAAGAAAUCCGGCAAGCAAGAACAAGGGUAAAUUCUUGACUCUCGUGGAGUUUCUGGAUUUUGCUAAGGCGAAGGCAGUUUCUGGAAUUUUGAUCAAUAUAGAGAACGCUGCCUACCUUGCAUCAAAGAAGGGCUUCAGCAUAACAGAUGCAGUUACAAAAGCCUUAAGCAAUGCCACCUUCGACAAACAGUCCACCCAAAAAGUCUUGAUCCAAUCAGAUGACACUUCGGUGCUGUCUGAGUUCAAGAACGUUUCCAGUUACAGAAGAGUGUUAUCCAUUAAAGAGACUAUUGGAGAUGCACCCAAGAAGUCAGUGGAGAUGAUCAAGAAGUAUGCCGAUGCAGUUACUGUGUCCAGAGGCUCCCUUAUUAAUACUUUAGACUACUUCACCUCUGCUAAUACCACUGUCACUAUAGAUAUGCAUGCUGCAAACAUCUCAGUAUAUGUCUCAGUUCUCAGGAAUGAAUUUACUACUCUAGCUAUGGACUACUUCUCAGACCCUAUGGUGGAGCUUGCUACACUCAUUGAGGGGCUCCAGGUUGAUGGAGUUGUUACGGAAUAUCCAGCAACUGCAAAUGCAUAUUUGACGACCAAAUGUUCGGACCUCAAUGCCAAUACUCAGUUUCCUAUUCUUCCAGUAGAGACGGGUUCCCUGCUUUCUUUGGUUUCAGGAGAUGCACUGGCACCAGCAAAUGCCCCUCUGCCCCCACUAGAUGUUUCAGAUGUCAUCGACCCACCUCUGCCUCCUGUGGCCACCAAUGUCAAUGGGUCAGCAUCUGUGCCUGCUCCCGUUCCUGCUGAAACACCCCGUUCCAGCAGUUCCAAGCAUCUUGCUAACAUGGGUCUUUCUCUUUUGGCAAUUGCAAUGCUCUCUUUACUUUCUGCAGGAUAUCAACAUUGAUUGAUUUGUUUGGCAUGGACCAGAAAAUUAGUACUUAUUACCCAGUUUCUCCAGUCUUUUCUUUUAUAUAUAUAACCAUGUACUAUGGGAAGUGUUUGGGUUUAGAUCAUCUCAUAUCUGCUGUGAGGGGAGGA